GCAAACAGACUCUCACAGUUCCUUACGACACUUGCGUGGACUUCAGAUGCCGUAAAGUGAUUUGUCUGUACACACAUGGUACAGUAUGGAGGCCAAACCAAGAAAGAAGUCAUUCACGCCUAGAGACGGGAAGAAACCAUCAUUCAAGUCAAAAGGUAAACCAGGAGGAAAACCACCAGGCAAACGACCAUUCAAACCUCACAACACAGACAAAGGAAAGACUUUUAAAAAAUCAGCUGGAGAUGGAGGACCGCAGAAAUUCAACAGAAAACCAGCAGAUGGGAAGUUCACAAAGAAGAGAAAACACCCAGGAAGCAAAAACGAUGGAGGCUCUGAAGGGAAGAAACCUAAAUGGGAUGAAUUCAAACAAAAAAAGAAAGAGUUGAAGCAGAAUCGCCAGCAGAAUGAGAAAAAAGAGAGUUACCAGAUUAUAAACCGAGCAAAGCAAGUGUGGGAAAUUGUAAGGCGGAAGGAUUGUGACAAGCAAAAAAGAGCCAAACUGAUGAAAGAACUACAGAGACUUGUGAAGGGAAAGAUUAAAACAAUUGCAUUUGCUCAUGACUCCACCCGAGUGCUUCAGUGUUUUAUUCAGUUUGGCAGUGAUGAGCAGAGACAGGAGGUCUUCGAUGAACUCAAAGAGCACAUUGUGGAGUUGAGUAAAUCGAAAUAUGCCAGAAACAUUGUGAAAAAGUUUCUAAUGUAUGGGAGUAAACGGCAGGCGGGGGAAGUGAUGUCGGCUUUUAAGGGGAACGUCAGACAGAUGCUCAGGCACUCCGAGGCGUCUUCAGUAGUCGAGUACGCUUACAACGAUAAGGCCGUCCUGUCCCAGAGACUCAUGCUCACGGAGGAGCUCUACGGAAACACAUUCCAAGUCUGCAAGUCCUCAGUUUGUCCCACGUUAAAUGAUGUUUUAAAAGCAAAUCCAGAAAAAUUAGAGAGCAUCAUGGAUGAAAUGAAGCAGAUCCUCACACCAAUGGCACAGAAGGAGGCCGUCAUUAAACAUUCAUUGGUCCACAAAGUGUUUCUGGACUUCUUUGAGCACGCUCCAGCCAAACAGAGAACGGAGAUGAUAGAGUCCAUCAGAGAGGCGGUUGUGUACAUGGCUCACACUCAUGAUGGAGCCAGAGUCACCAUGCACUGUUUAUGGCACGGCACACCCAAGGACCGAAAAGUUAUAGUAAAAACUAUGAAAUCAUAUAUUGCAAAGUUUGCAAUGGGUGAAUAUGCUCAUCUUGUACUGUUGGCUGCAUUUGAUUGCAUCGAUGACACCAAGUUGGUUAAACAAAUUAUCAUCUCAGAAAUGGUUAGUUCCCUAUCUGAAGUAAUCAGCAAUAAAUAUGGUAAAAAGGUACUGAUUUACCUGCUGAGCCCAAGAGACCCUGCCCAUCACUUACCUGAGAUCAUUCAGGUGCUUGAGAAAGGUGACGGCAAUGCACACAGUAAGAAGGAUGUCGCGAUCAGGAGGAAGGAGCUUCUGGAGGCCGUGUCUCCUACUCUGCUGGAGUACUUGUGUAAUAAUGCUCAGUCUAUGGUCAUGGAUAAAGCGUGUAGUGUGGCCGUGAGUGACAUCCUGGGCGCCGCCAUCGGAGAUCUCAGACCUGCCAUGGAGGCUGUGGCGGCCCUGGCAGCCGAACCCCUCAUACCAGGAGGAAGUGAUGGCCAGCUUCACAUGGCAGAACACCCCGCUGGUCAUCUGGUGUUGAAAUGGUUGAUCGAGCAGGAUGCUAAGAUGAAGGAGGCAGAGAGAGAAGAGCGUUUUUCCAGGAUUCUUCUGGAGAAGGUGGGGUUGGAGAACCUCAAGACGUGGGCUUCAGUCAACCGUGGUGCCAUUGUUCUUUGUUGCCUUCUUCAGAGUGCAGAUGAAAGUGUUGGAAAAGUGAAAGUUAUGCUGAAAUCCAUCCUUCCUGAACUACAGAAGGUCCAGAACUCUAAAGGAGUUGAGGUUCUGCUUGAAAAACUGGCCUGAUCUGCCAAUUCAGAUUUGUUUUGUUAGUUUUUUUCUUUCCUUUGGAUUUUUAAUUGUGAAUUUAUAUGCUGAUGUAUGUAAAUACAAAACACGUAAAAAUA